AUAGAAAAACGGUUCGUCAAAAUGGCGACCAGUGCCAAGUCGUCGUUUAACCAUUAUCAAAAUGGAAAAUAUGGCACUUUACCCGGUAAUCCGAAUAAUAAUUCGGACGUUACACAGGACAUGCAUCUUAAAAUGUCAAAGAAAAUUGCUCAGCUCACAAAAGUUAUAUAUGCACUGAACACCAAGAAUGAUGAACAUGAAGCCGUUGUUCAAACCCUGAAGGAGCAGCAUGAAGAACAGAUACAGCAAUUAUUGUCUGAGACAAGGGAGAAAAUACUUAAGUUCAAACAGAAAAUUGACAAUGACAGUGACCACAAACACACAAUAUCAAACCUACAGAACUGCGUGGCAGAACACGAAAAACACAAAAAGGAGGCCCUCCUUAAGUUUGAGAGUUAUAAAAGACAGGCGGAGGAACGCGAGACUAACCUCAAAACAGAACACUCCCAGAAAUAUCUGGAACUCUCACAGGAGGUGCUGGUCGCGAAGCGACAUUUUGAGGAACAGUUGUCCAAGUUUGAGCUGUGGAGGAAGGAGGUGGAUUCGGAUAAAGAGAUUGCUAUAGAGGAGCAGAAGAAAGUCCACAUAAAGGAAAUGGAUGAACUCCGUGACUUCUACAGAUCCCAGAACAACGAUUGGUUAAAUGAGUGUGCUAAAAUAGAGGACAAAUACAAAACGGAGUUAGAGGGACUGAAAACACAGUGUAGUGAACUCAAUACCGAAAAACAGAAACUGACAGAGGACUACGAAUCCAAACUAGCCAAAGCCAAAGCUUUCUACGAGAAGGAGUUGGAAGUGUUACAAAAUGCAAAAGACAGUUCUGUGGAGGAUGUUGUGAACCGAUACAAAGAGGAACAGGAGAAGCUAAAGAAGGACUUCCAAUCACAACAGAAAGAGCUGAAACUGCAGAUCGAGCGCCUCGUCAGUCAGCUGUCCGUCAGUGAGGAGAAUGUGGAGAAGUUUAGGAAGGAGUUGGAGGAUCUGAAAGAGAGUAUGAAGGACAAAGAUGCCACAUCGUCCGGACUGUUUCAACAGUUACAACAAACUAAGCUGGAGGCGUCUGAUGCCAGUAAACGACUGAAGGAGCUGCAAUCAGAGCUGGUGGCCACAAAAGAACGGUGCAGUCAGCAGGCAGAUGACAUCAAUAAAAAAUCAGUACACAUUGGCCAGUUGGAAGGAACCAAUGUCCAAAAGACGUCAAAGAUUAAAGAAUUAGAAGAUGCGAUUCAGAAGUUGAAGGAUCGACUUAACUGGCUCGAGUCAGAACGCAAGUCGUUAGAAAACCAGAAAACAUCUCUGUCUGAGAAUCAAAAGUCACAACUUCAGUCACUGGAACAGUCAUUGGAAGAUCUCUCCAUUGAGAAGCAGACGAUAAUGACCAGACUGGAGAGAGAGAUCCUGGUCCUGAAAGAGAAGUCCACAGCCAGAGAGAAAGAACUGACAGACAAACACACAGAGGAGGUACAACGACUAAACAAAGCUCACUCCGAAAGUCUGGAACUGACUAAACAGAAAGCAGAGACUCAGAUGGCAGAAACCAAACAGGAAAUGUUGAAGAAGUACCAUGAAGAUGUUGAAAGACUAAACAAGGACAAAUCCUCAUUACUGGAUGAGUUUGAGAGGACCAAACAAGACUUGAUUAACAAACUGGCAACAGCUGAAGCGGAGGUCCAGCGGCUGGAGAAGAUUGUCCGUGAAAGUGAGAAUGGCCUUGGGACAGCGUCCAGCCAGAUCAACAGCCUGAAGGACGCUUCUCACCGCCUACAGUCUGAGCUGGAGAAAACGAGAGAAGAACUCCGAUCAUCCAAAACUAACGCUGCUAAUCUCAAGAUGAAUCUAGACAAACUACAGAAUUUGUAUGAUGCUAAAAUGAUAGAAGCUCAAGCAGAACUGAAGACCAAACUGGAGAAAUUGUCAGUAGAUCUCGAGUCGAGGUGGUCAGACACGCUCAAAAAGGAAACCACGGACCUUCGGCGUGACUUGACACAGCAGAAGGAGGACGAGAAGAAAGCGGCACUACAACAGCUCUCACGGCUCAAAGAUGAGGAAAUCGCUGCCUCCAAACGAGGCUGGGAGAAUAUUGUAAACGAGCUACAGAAACAAGUGAGUGAAUUGAAGAGUAAGUUGAACAACGCACAGACAGUCAAUGCUGGUGAGCUGGACAGACUUCAGAGAGAGGCUGCUGAAGAAAAGCGUCGUUUGGAGGAAAGAAUGGCCCAAGCUGCCGAGGAAUUUGCCCAAGAAGUUGCCGCCAUUGAAGCCAAGCAUGCAGCAGAAGUGCAGGCCCUCAUCAAACAAAAGGAAGAGGAAAUUCAGGAGUUGGAGAGCAGUCUCAAGUCCAAGCACCUGGGUGAUAUGCAGACAUCUAUCACAGCCCACAAGGCAGCUCUAGAGGGACAGAAGCUUGAAGCUGAGAAAGUAAAACAACAGGCCCUAGAGGAACAGAAUAUUGCCCACCAGAAAGUGUUAGAAACAACCAAGGAGGAACUCCACGAGCGUCACGUAACACACAUGACAGAAAUCACAACAUCACACGAACAGCAGAUGGAGGCUGCUCGACUCGAGCUGGAACGAGCAGUGGAAAUUUCUCACCAAAGGGAUAGAGAUCACUGUAUGCAGAUUGAGGAACUGAAGGCUGAGAUUACCCAGAGGGAAAGACACAUCAAAAACCUGCAGGAGGAAAUCCAGAAACUGAAGGACAACAUCGACCGUCUGAUGCGAGAACUGGAACAGAAAGGAAAGGAGAUGCUUAAAGUUCGCAAUGAUGCUAACCUACAGCUUAAGAAAAAAGAGGAAGUGCUUAACAAGCGCCACCUUCAGGAGAUUGAGAACAUUAAGCAGGACUUUUCUCGAGAGUCCGAGUCCAUGAUGUCAGAAUUUACAGAGGCACAAGAAAUACUGAAGGACAAGAUCUCAGAGCUACAGAUCAUGUUGGAUGAGGCGGAGGAAAGAUACAGCAACCGAGACUCCCGUCCCGAGGACCUGGAACUGAUUCAGCAGCUGAGGGACGCCAUCGCUGAGAGAGAGUCCAGAAUGAAACAACUCAUUGAUGAGAAAAGAUAUUACCAGCUAGAACUAGUUAACAGAGAAACCAACUUUAACAAGGUGUUUAACAACAAUACCAAUGUCGGGGUCAUCAACCCACUGGCCAAGAAACAAAAGAAGGGAGAAAAAGCUGUUGUUUCCAAACAUGCCAGCCAGCCAAACUUGGGGAGCCACCGCCUAGACCCCCUCCCUAAUUCUCCGAUGCAUCAUGAUCCCCUGAACCCUUCCAGACCCCUGCCAUCCUUCACCAAGAAAUUUGUCAAAUGAUAAUGUGUCAAUAGUGCUAGUCUGUGUGUGUCCGCGUGUGAACUUUAGAGCCAGAACUAAGCCUGAAUUUUUCUACUGUACAGUAUGGCUCACAGAUUACCAGGAAAGGAGAGGGCCAUCGAAUCUGUAUGUUUACGUGUAGCAGGGCCAGAGAAUGGGGGCUAAUUAAAGUCCCAAAGAUUUCUUUAUCUGUACGUGUAUAUGAGAGGAAGCGGUUAAAGUUGUCUUAGUCUCAUGCACAUAAAAACUGGCAGUGAAGGAGAGCCACAUUAUUCGUAUGAUGACGUAUCCAGGAUUGAGUAAGGGAUGUCGUCUCUGUCCGAACGUGAAUGACGUCAACCGAACUAAAGCCGAGCUGUGAUAAAUCCAUAUAACCUCAGUAUUGCUUAAUAUACACUGUCCUCUGCAUUUAUUUAUUUUGUCCGUCCAAACAACAUAUUGCUGUGAUGAAAAAAUGUGUAGCUGUUGUUGAUUUGUAGAUAUUUUGUUAUAUUUUUGUGAGGACAGCACAUUGGUCUGUGAUUAUACAUGGUUAUCUAUGUAUAGGUAAUGUUUUAUACUAAUGUUUUCCCUGAUUAGAAAUGAUUUCAGGCUACUGUGGGUUUAGGCUUUCAUGUUUUACAUGACUAAUUUUUACUGAGAAUUUCUGAUCAUGUGACUGGUAUUGGGAGAAAUAUACAUGUCAAUAGAGAUAAUGGACAUUUGUAUAGCUUUCUGUCAAAUGUACAAGGUGUUAAUAAAUAUAGGACAAAGCA